CUUUGUUUUAGAAAAAAGUGAUUAAACUAAUUCCUACUCUGAGUUUGAGUUCAAACAAAGAAAGCACUGCACACACAUAAACAUACACAUUCACUACUAUUGAGAAGAUAUGAAAGAAUGCACCAAAACCCAAUGACUCAAACCCAAGAAGAAAAGUUUGGAAUUUGAGGCAAAUGUUUUCAUUGUUUUCAAUGCUUAACUCUUUCUCUUCUUCUUCUUCUUCUUCUUCUCCUUCUUCAUUCUUUUCUAUCAUUAUUCUCCUUCUUUUUGGUUUCUCUUUCUCUUCUUCUAACCAUGAAGCCUCAACUCUCUUCACAUGGCUUCAUACUUCAUCAUCACAGCCACCUUCAUCUUUCUCUAACUGGAACAUCAAUGAUCCUAAUCCAUGCAACUGGACCUCCAUAACAUGUUCAUCACUCUCUUUUGUAACUGAAAUCAAUAUACAAUCCAUAACUCUUCAACUUCCUAUACCUUCCAACCUCUCUUCGUUUCCAUUUCUCGACAAGCUUGUCAUUUCUGAUUCCAACCUUACUGGAACCAUUCCUUCUGAUAUUGGUGAUUGUUCUUCACUCACUGUUAUUGAUCUUAGUUUCAACAAUCUUGUUGGUUCUAUUCCUUCAAGUAUUGGAAAGUUAGAGAAUCUUGUAAACUUGUCUUUGAAUUCAAAUCAGCUUACUGGAAAAAUUCCAUUUGAGAUAAGUGAUUGCAUUAGUCUCAAAAAUCUUCACCUUUUUGAUAAUCAGUUAGGUGGGAGUAUUCCGAAUUCCCUCGGAAAAUUGUCGAAACUUGAAGUUCUUAGAGCAGGUGGAAAUAAAGAUAUAGUUGGGAAGAUUCCUGAAGAGAUUGGUGAAUGUAGUAAUUUGACUGUUUUAGGGCUUGCUGAUACUAGAAUUUCAGGCUCUUUGCCGGUUUCUUUUGGUAAACUUAAAAAGCUUCAAACAUUGUCAAUUUAUACAACUAUGCUAUCUGGUGAAAUUCCUAAAGAGUUAGGUAACUGUUCUGAACUUGUUGAUUUGUUUCUGUAUGAAAAUAGCUUAUCAGGCUCUAUUCCUUCAGAGAUUGGUAAGUUGAAGAAGCUUGAACAAUUGUUUUUGUGGCAGAAUGGUCUUGUUGGUGCUAUUCCAAAUGAGAUUGGUAAUUGUUCAAGUUUAAGAAACAUUGAUCUCUCUUUGAAUUCAUUAUCUGGAACUAUACCUUUGUCUUUAGGAAGUCUUUUAGAGCUUGAAGAGUUUAUGAUUAGUGAUAAUAAUGUAUCUGGUUCCAUUCCUGCAACUCUUUCAAAUGCUGAAAAUCUUCAACAGUUGCAAGUUGAUACAAAUCAACUCUCAGGUUUGAUUCCACCAGAGAUUGGAAAGUUGUCAAAUCUUUUGGUGUUUUUCGCUUGGCAGAAUCAGCUUGAAGGAAGCAUUCCUUCAAGUUUAGGAAACUGUAGUAAACUUCAAGCACUUGAUUUGUCUAGAAAUUCACUCACUGGUAGCAUUCCUUCAGGACUAUUUCAGCUUCAAAACCUCACAAAACUGCUUUUGAUUUCAAAUGAUAUAUCAGGUUCUAUACCAUCAGAAAUAGGUAGUUGCAAAUCUCUUAUAAGGUUGAGGCUUGGAAACAAUAGGAUUACUGGAAGCAUUCCUAAGACAAUAGGAAAUCUCAGGAAUUUGAACUUUUUAGAUCUCUCUGGGAACCGUCUUUCAGCGCCGGUUCCCGAUGAAAUAAGAAGCUGCGUACAACUUCAAAUGAUAGACUUCAGCUCUAACAACUUAGAAGGCUCGCUUCCUAAUUCCUUGUCAUCAUUAUCUUCACUUCAGGUAUUGGAUGCAUCGUUUAACAAGUUUUCAGGUCCGUUGCCGGCAAGUUUAGGUCGUCUUGUUUCAUUAAGUAAGUUAAUCUUUGGAAAUAACUUGUUUUCUGGACCAAUUCCUGCAUCACUAAGCCUAUGUUCAAAUCUCCAACUUAUUGAUCUUAGUAGCAACCAGCUCACUGGAAGCAUACCGGCCGAAUUAGGCGAAAUUGAAGCUCUAGAAAUCGCUCUCAAUCUUAGUUUCAAUUUACUAAGUGGAACAAUACCUCCUCAGAUAUCUUCUCUUAACAAGCUUUCCAUACUAGACCUUUCACAUAACCAGUUAGAAGGAGAUUUGCAAACUCUUUCAGACCUAGAUAACCUUGUCUCCCUCAAUGUUUCUUACAACAAAUUUACCGGCUAUCUUCCAGAUAACAAGCUUUUCAGGCAGUUAACAUCGAAAGACCUCACAGGAAAUCAAGGACUUUGCACUUCAGGUCAGGAUUCAUGCUUUGUAUUGGACUCAAGCAAAACCGAUAUGGCUUUGAAUAAGAAUGAGAUAAGGAAGUCGCGAAGGAUUAAGCUAGCUGUUGGAUUGCUGAUUGCCUUAACAGUUGUGAUGUUACUUAUGGGGAUAACUGCUGUGAUCAAAGCAAGAAGAACCAUUCGAGACGAUGAUUCAGAAUUAGGAGACUCGUGGCCAUGGCAAUUCAUACCAUUCCAGAAGCUAAACUUUUCAGUGGAACAAAUACUGAGAUGUUUGAUUGAUAGGAAUAUAAUCGGUAAAGGAUGCUCCGGUGUUGUUUAUCGAGGUGAAAUGGAUAAUGGUGAAGUCAUUGCAGUGAAGAAACUGUGGCCUAUAGCAACUGAUGAAGGAGAGGCGUUGAAGGAUUAUAAAAGUGGAGUUCGAGACUCGUUCUCAGCUGAGGUCAAAGCACUUGGAUCGAUCCGUCAUAAGAACAUUGUCAGGUUCUUAGGUUGUUGUUGGAACAAGAAAACAAGAUUGCUUAUUUUUGAUUAUAUGCCAAAUGGAAGUUUAAGCAGUGUACUUCAUGAGAGGACUGGAAGCUCUCUUGAUUGGGAACUUAGGUUCCGAAUUCUGUUAGGUUCUGCAGAAGGACUUGCAUAUCUACAUCAUGACUGUGUUCCUCCUAUAGUCCACAGAGAUAUUAAAGCCAAUAACAUCUUGAUUGGACUUGAAUUUGAACCUUAUAUUGCUGAUUUUGGCUUGGCUAAGCUUGUUGAUGAUGGUGAUGUCGGUCGUUCUUCCAAUACAGUUGCCGGUUCCUAUGGUUAUAUCGCUCCAGAAUAUGGCUAUAUGAUGAAGAUCACAGAGAAGAGCGACGUUUAUAGCUACGGUGUAGUUUUGUUAGAAGUCUUGACGGGUAAGCAACCAAUUGAUCCAACCAUACCAGACGGUUUACACGUUGUUGAUUGGGUGAGACAGAAAAGAGGUCUUGAAGUACUUGAUCCAACCCUACUUUCAAGACCGGAAUCAGAAAUAGAAGAAAUGAUCCAAGCAUUGGGAAUAGCCUUAUUGUGUGUAAAUUCAUCUCCUGAUGAAAGACCAACAAUGAGAGAUAUAGCAGCAAUGCUCAAAGAAAUAAAGAAUGAAAGAGAAGAAUAUGCAAAAUUUGAUGUGCUUUUAAAAGGAUCUCCUGCAAAUGAAGCAAAAGUUCUCGCAACAUCUUCAUCGGCAUCAGCCAUGCAAAGUUUUAAUAAAAGCAAUAAUACAAGUUUCUCUGUGUCUUCAUUGCUUCAUUCAUCUUCAAGUUCAAAGAUGAGCUUCAAAUGAUUAAUCAGCCUUGUGUUAUUGUGUUUUAUAAAUUAUAUGUAUGUAAAUUUUGUUAUAGUUGGAUUAAAUUCAACAAAUAGAUCCAUAAACUACAAGUGUGGUGUUUUUGGAGUGUCAUUGAUGUCAAAUCUAGAUAGUUUGAACUGACCAAUGUUUAAGUUCAAAUUAAGAUCAUGUCAGCAUAGCAAUGAAAUGUAGCCAAUGUUGGUGUUACUAUUAUUGAUUUUAAAUAAUGAGUGUUAUAGAUGCA